CUGUUUUGUUCUCAACGAAGGAAAUGACGACAAGGAAUGGAAUCAUUCAAAUCAACUCCAUCGAUAAAAAAACUUGGAAUAAAAGGGUCGUCGUUAGAAUAUUGCGGCUUUGGGUUCAAAAGGAUUUAACAGGCCGAGAAGGCUUGGAGAUGAUUUUAAUCGAUGAAUGGGGCAAUCAAAUUCAAGCAUCUGUCUCUUUUGGAAAUAAAAGGAAGUUUAUGCCUAUUUUGAGAGAGGGAGAUAUAAAUACGAUCCAAAAUUUCCAAGUAAUGGACAACAAACCCAAUUUUCAGAUGGCCAAGGUCGACCACUUGUAUAUGCUUGGCUUCGGCCUUGCCACCCAAAUUGAGCAACCGGAUGAAGGCUUCGAAAUUCUGGAAAAUGGAUUUAAUUUUAUUCCCUUUACAGAUAUUCCUACACACGAUCCCACUUUCUUUUUGGAUGUUCUUGGGGAGGUUAUGACCCACACUAUUAACAUAGAUUGGGUCGAAAUGAGAACUGGCAAGGCAUCCAAGUGUGACAUAACAUUAGCCGAUGCAGACGGCACGCAAGUAACCUGUGUCUUAUGGGGAUCACUUGCCGAGGAAUUGAAAACAUUUAUGGAGAACAAAUCAGCAGAAGACAAAGAGCUUGUAAUGGUGGCAUUGCAAUUUGCAAAGAUAUCCACAUUCAGAGGUUUAAUUAUUAUGACUAAACAUAAACAUUCAUACAUAUAA